AUGUUCUUAUAUAUAUAUAUAUAUAUAUAUAUAUAUAUAUUUCCAUGUUUUUAUUAUUUUCAAUCUAUCUAUCUAUCUAUCUAUCUAUCUAUCUAUCUAUCUAUCUACCUAUCUAUCUAUCUAUCUAUCUAUCUAUCUGAAUCUUUGCAUUAUCUAUCUAUCUAUCUAUCUAUCUAUCUAUCUAUCUAUCUGAGUCUUUGCAUUAUCUAUCUAUCUAUCUAUCUAUCUAUCUAUCUAUAUUUUCCCCCCCUGGAGCGGCAGUCUCAGGCACUUGGCGCAGAUGAAACUGGAGGACACGGAGACAGAGGCAGUCCUUGCUUUUCUCGCGGCUUCUGCAAUCGUGACGCCGUCACUGACUAUGGCUCUCCAAAGCUGACGAUCUUUCCCGUUCUUUUUCUUUCUUUCUUUCUUUAUUUAUUUAUUUGUUUAUUUCGUUUAAUUUCUUUCUUUUUCCUCCUUUGUUUCUUUCCUUUUAUUUGUUUCUUUAUUUUUGCUUUCUUCUUUCUUUUCCUUUCUUUCUUUACACUUUUCUGUUCUUUUCUUUCUUUCUUUCUUUCUUUCUUUCUUUCUUUCUAUAUUUAUUUUAGUUUGUUUCUUUCUUUUUUCUUUGUUUCUUUUCUUUUCUUUUUCCUUUAUUUUUCCAAUCUUCUUUCUUUUUUUCUUUUUUCCGUCUUUUUCUUUCUUUCUUUUUCUUUCUUUCUUUCUAUUCUCUUUUAUUUGUUUCUUUAUUUUUCCUUUCUUUCUUUCGUUUUACUUUUUUCUUUCUUUUUCUUUCUUUCUUUCUUUCUUUCUUUCUUUCUUUCUUUCGUUCGUCUUUCCUUUCUUUCUUUUUCAUCCUCUACUUUUCUUUCGUAUUGUAGAUAUUUCCUUAUUAUUUCUCUCUUUCUCUUCAGCUUCUUUUAUUGUCCAAUCUAUCUCCCUCUCUCUCUUUAA